UUGCCAUCUUUAAGUUCUCUCGUCGCCGUACAGCGUUGAGCGUCCAUUUCUCUCUGCUUUCUACGUUGUCAAACAACUACCCAAUAAUAUCAACAACAACUAUUUGAACUUUCGUUAUAUUUGAUAGUUCGACGAUAAUUUUGCUUAUUUCGGUGUGAAUAUAUACCAUAAAUUCAUAUAUAUAAAUAAAAAUGGGAAGGAAGAGUGAGGUAUAAAUUUGAUUUUGCAGAAAACGACAAGAAAACCGAUUGAGCCUGAAAUGUCUGAGGAUGAUUCACAAGAAGAAGUCAAGAUGCCAAAAACAACCAGAAGGACUUCCAAGAAGCUGUCCGAACCUGAGGAAGUACUUCCUAAAGUGGCCACAUCAGGGAAAAGAAGAGGUCGACAAUCUCAAAAUGAUGAUGAUCUUGAAGUAGAAUCUUCUAAGAAAUCGACUUCAUUUAAAAAGUCUAAAACAACAUCUGAAGCAACCGAUGGAGAAGAAGACAAGGACAGUGCCAGUGAUGAAGAAAGUGAAAAUGACGGAGAUAAUGAAGAUGAGAACAUGGCUAACGGUGAAGACAUGGAUUCAAAGGAUUUAAAAGAUGCUGCCAAAGAAAACUAUGAGGUCGAAAAAUUAGUCAGCAGCAGGGUAAAAAAUGGAAAAACUCAGUACAAAGUCCAUUGGAAGGGAUACAAUUCAAGUCAAGACACUUGGGAAAAUGAAUCCAACCUCAGUUGCGAUGAACUCAUUGAACAAUAUUUGAAUACACAGAAAAAGAAAAAGGUGCCUGGCUCCAUGCAACAAAAUGGGGAAUGGGAGGUUCUGAAAAUAGUUGACAUGCAUAUAUUCAAAACUGGCAAAAGGGAGUUUCUGGUCCGUUGGAAGGGUUUUGGUCCCAAGGACGACACAUGGGAACCUGAAGACAACCUUAAGCACACAAAUCUUCUCAACAGAUACUUGGCCAAGUUGGAAGAAGUCAAAUCAAUUCCCUUGAAGGAUCUUCGAAUCAAAAGGCAACAAACCGACAGGCUUACAUACAUGCCACAAGGGGUCCAGAGGAGGGAAAGCAAGCGUUACAGGAAUAAACAAAGAAUCCGUUAUUAUGAUGACUGAACGCCCAGGGUUCUCUGCUGUAAUUUAUUUAUAUUUUGUGUGCAAUUUACAGUCUACCAUGAGUUUGUAAUAAUUGCAUAAAUUUUACAACAAAUUACACAAAACCUUACAUUUUGUAAAAAUGAUAACAUAAUUAGGAAUUCAUAUUAUUUUGUAUACAUUUUUUUUUCUUUGUUUGACAUAAUGUAUUUUAUAAGUAAAAAUUUAUUUACUCUGUUUCCCAGCCUACAUCCGUUGAACCUUUGUCAUUAAUCUAAUUGUCUGAAUUCCAAGUUGAAACACAUACAGUUGAACUUCCCCAAACAGACUUCUAAUAUCCGUGCAAUUUUAUUUUGUCCGGUAUUAUUACAUUUACUUUACUGAAAAAAGGACUUGUAAUAAGUUUUCAAUGAAAAAGUCUCUUAUAAGCAGACAGCAGAUGACUUGUUACUUGCAAAAAGUAAUUUUUGGGAAUUUUCAACCCUCUCGAACUGGGGUUUGUUUCUCCAGUCAGUACUCAGAUUGUGAUUUGGAGUUCGAGCAUGUGAACAAAAUUCAAACUGUCAGGGAAAAGGUCUAAUUGUAAGUCCACGAGAAUUCAUUCGAAUUAAAUUAAUUUUUAUCUUAUGUACCUAACAAUUUUUCAGUAUGUGUAAGAGCUUAAGAACACAAUCACAUUGCAAAUUGUUGUUCACUUAUAGGAAGUUUGACUCUGUAUGUUUAUAUUAAGAAGUAUGGUGUAGAUAGAACAUUGUAGCACACUUGAUAUAUCAGCAGAAUGGUUUCAUUCCCAUUUGAACUGUUGAGGAUUUGUGAGAUUUCUCCAUGUUACAAUUUCUGCCAGAAGUGAUGAACCUGUAAUUUUGUCAUUACCGAUCAUUUUGGUGUAGACAGACCAAAUAUUCAGGAGAGAUAAAUAAGAAACGUCACAAAUCCACAAUGCACACAAAAGAAGAAAAUUAGAAAGAAAACAGAAAUUGUUAAAACAACAAUGCUACUCAUACAAAAUCAAGAUGACUAACACUGCAACAAAUAACCUUUAAAGAAAAACAAUAAUGGCAAAAAAAAAUUCCAAUAUAAAAACCAACAACAAAACCACCAGAUAAUGGACAGUAACACAAACACUGAAAAUCAAUGAUAUUAAAGUUAAAGUAUAACAGAUGACCAAACAAAGGUGACUAACACUGCAACUAUAACAAAA